AACGAUGCUACAGAUUAAAUCCUACCGGUACUUAAAGGCUUCUCGGGCCUUCAAGGUUUCAGUGUGCCAAGUGAAGCAAGGUUAGAGCGACAAUGUGGACGAGUCUCAUCUUAUCAGUGAUCCUGCUGCACAGCCUGGCUGCAGCGCCAGCUCCCGGACAGAAGGCUCUGGGCACGGACUCUUGGAGUGCGGACACGGCCUGCCAGGAACUGAAUAAAUCGGCCAUAAUUGAAAACCAAAACGAUGCCACUUGCGUCACUUUUGUGUAUUGUUACAUAGCCAAUGGAUCAACGAUAGCACUAGUUAAGAGCUGCAAAAGCGGACAAUAUUUUGAUUCUGAACUAAGAAUAUGCAGUAUCAAUAAACCGGAAGGAUGUGAAUAACGUGGUUAAAGAUAAAAUAGGGAGACCUGUACGAGAAUAGCAUGGCACUCAUCUGUUAUAGAUGUUAUUAUGAUAGUACUCAUUUGUUAUAGAUGUUAUUAUGAUACCACUAAAGUGGAAGAACAAAUGUUUCAAAAAAAGGUCCUUA